AUGACGAAAGUGAAAGGUCCAGACCCGGUAGCGCUGGCGGAACUUUCCGCCAAGAGAACGAAAGCGUUGUUCUCGAUUGGAGAGAAAGAAGGAGGAGAAGAAGAAAUGUUCAUGCAUCGACCUUCGAUCGAACGAAAAAUGAGCGUGAAAAUUCGGGACGAAUACGAAGCCGUGCGGCACAUGGCACCGCCGGAGAUUAAAUCCAGAGACAAUAAGAACAACAACAACAACAACAACAACAACAACAACAACAGAGCAAACUCUGCCGCGGGAGCAAACGAUGCGAGUAAUAACAAGCGCUUCGAAAAUACCAUUCCUGGUUUAGCCGAAGCAGCGAAUUUGGCGGCAAAGAACAAGAGGAAACUUACAGACGACAACGAAAAAACGGACUUGGCAUCUUUGAUCGAUUUCAUCGACGAACCAGUUCGCGAAAAGGUGGAAGCGAACGCGUCGGGUGGAAUUUUAGCCAAGUUGAAGAGCCAAGAACUGGGAGAGAAGAGUGGGGCGUUGGUGCAAUUCAACGCAGACGCAAACGCCGCUUCAAAGUCUUCGGUUUUUGGCGCAAACGCAAAUAUGAAAUCGAGCGCGCUCGUGACGGCAAAUUUAGCGUCCAAGUGGCCGAGACCGGAGUGGAAGAAACCUUGGAAGUUAUACAGAGUCAUCUCGGGUCAUCAAGGAUGGGUGCGCUCGGUUGCUGUGGACAAGUCGAACGAGUGGUUCGCCACCGGUUCUGGAGAUCGUUGCAUAAAAAUUUGGGAUUUAGCCACGGGGGGGUUGAAGUUAACUUUGACCGGUCACAUCGAGCAAGUGAUGGGAUUAGCCAUUUCGGACAAGCAUCCGUACAUGUUCUCGUGCGGUGCAGAUAAGAAAGUCAAGUGUUGGGAUUUAGAAUACAAUAAAGUGAUUAGAAACUACCACGGCCACUUGAGCGGCGUGUAUUCGAUAGCGUUACAUCCGGACUUGGAUAUAUUGAUGACUGGUGGUCGAGAUUCUGCGUGCAGAGUUUGGGAUAUGCGCACAAAAGCGCAAGUUUUUUGUUUGUCUGGACACGAAUCAACCGUAGGAUCGAUCAUUACCGAGAACGUAGAUCCUCAAAUCAUCACGGGGAGUUACGAUUCGACCAUCAAGACGUGGGACUUAGCAGCGGGUAAGUGCAUGAAGACGUUGACGCAUCACAAGAAAGGGGUUCGCGCGAUGGUUAUGCAUCAGAAGUACUGGGAGUUUAGUUCCGCUUCGGCAGAUAACAUCAAGAAGUUUGGUUUGCCAGAUGGUCAGUUCAAGCAUAACAUGUUAUCUAAGCAAAACGCCAUCGUCAACGCCAUGGCGCUCAACGAAGACAACGUCAUGAUUUCUGGAGGAGACGACGGUAGCAUGCGCUUUUGGGAUUACGAAACCGGACAUUGCUUCCAAUCGUUACAAACGCAGGUUCAACCGGGUUCCAUGGAAGCCGAAGCUGGCAUAUUCGCGCUGGGUUUCGAUAAGACUGGGGAGAGAUUGAUUUCUUGCGAAGCGGACAAAACGAUAAAGAUGUGGAAACCCGACCCGGACGCUUCACCUGAGUCCCAUCCGAACAUUCCUUUCCUUCCACCAAAAAGCAUCGGUAGAAGCUAA